AUGAUUGACGAUCUGCCCAACGAUGCCAAGUCCAAGGAGGUGGUGCGGCUCUGGCGCGCGUGGAGGACUGUUCACGAGAUGGUUGCGGACCGAGAGUACGAGCUUGCCGAAGACGAAGUCAACAUCUCCCUCGACCGAUUCCGCGACGAAUACUGCCACCCCGACGGCACCCUUACGCAAAAAAACAGCCGCGCAAAACUCCAAUUCUCCGCCCGCCCAAGCGACUCCAUGCUCCGCAAGAACACACCCCCCGCAACCCCCUCCAACCCGGACCCCGUCCCCGACUGCGGCCCCAUCUGGGUCGAGUUCCUGACGGACAAGCAGUUUGGCGUCGGUCAGAUCCGCCAGUUUGCAAAGUACACAAUCUCCAACAACUACAAGACGGGCAUCAUGGUGACGCACGUGCCGCUGUCCCCCGCCGCCCGCAAGUCCCUCGCCAGCGUCGAGAACCUGGCCAAGAUUGAGUGCUUCCUCGAGGACGACCUGCUCGUCAACAUCACCCACCACGAGCUCGUGCCCCGGCACGUGCUGCUUUCGCGCGAGGAGAAGAUUGCCCUGCUCAAGAGGUAUCGGCUCAAGGAGACGCAGCUGCCGCGUAUUCUGCAAAAGGAUCCCGUUGCGAGGUAUUUGGGGCUCAAGAGGGGGCAGGUUGUCAAGAUUAUCCGGGUCAGUGAGACGGCGGGUCGGUAUGCCAGUUACCGACUUUGCGUUUAG